CGGACGCCAUUCCCGCCACUCUGCCUCACACGAACACACAAAGCUCACAAGAGAAGCCAAGAAAUCAUCAUCUCGCGCAUUUCUAGCUCGAAUUCCAGCUUUGAUUGAUCGGUUUGAGGGAUUGACGAAGAGCAUCAUGGGUGACAACGAGCUGAUUCCCGGGUUGCCGGAGGAGGUGGCGAGGGAGUGCCUCAUCCGGGUGGGGUUCGACCAGCUGCCGGUGGUGCGCCGCAUCUCGCGCCAGUGGAAGUCGGAGGUGGAGUCGCCGGCGUACAACCGCAUGAGGAAGACGGAGGGGCUGGCGCGCACGGCGCUCGCGCUGGUGCAGGCCCGCCCUGAGCUCGCCGAGGCUGGGCCGGCGCACAAGCAGUCGUCGGCCGGCGGUGGGCCGGGGAAUUCCUACCGGAUGGUGCUGUUGGACACUGCGGAGGGGGUGUGGAAUGCCCUGCCGGAGCUGCCGGGACAGGGCGGGAGCUUGCCCCUGUUCUGCCAGGUCGCGGCGGUGGACGGCGGAGAUGGGAGGAAGCGGCUGGUGGUAGUCGGCGGAUGGGACCCCGAGACGUGGGCGCCGACGGACUCGGUGUUCGUGUACGACUUCUUGACGGGUGCGUGGCGGCGCGGCGCGGGGAUGCCGGGCCCCCGCCGGUCGUUCUUCGCGUGCGCCGCCGUCGGUGAGAAGGUGUACGUCGCCGGUGGCCACGACGAGGAGAAGAACGCCCUCCGGUCCGCCCUGGCGUACGAGCCGGACGCCGACGCGUGGGCCGCGCUCCCCGACAUGGCGGAAGAGCGCGACGAGCCGCGCGGGCUCUGCGUUGGCGGCAAGUUCCUGGUCGUCGGCGGGUACCCGACGCCGGCACAGGGACAGUUCGUCGGCUCCGCCGAGUCCUUCGACCCCGCAACCUCGACCUGGUCCCCUGCCCAAGACGGCCUCGUCGACGACGGAGCGUGCCCGAGAACCUGCUGCGCCGCUCCGGGAGCAGGCGACCGCAUGUACAUGCUCCGCGACGGGCACCUCGUGGCGCGUCACGGCGCCACCUCCUCGUCCGCAGCGUGGCGGCCCGUGGCGCCGGUGCCGGAGGACGCGCGCACUGCGGCGGUCGUGUCCGCCAUCCCCGAUGGCCGCGUCGUGGUCAUCGGGUCCGGCUGCCACGGCGGCGACCAGACGGUGUACACGCUGCGGGAGGAGGCCGGGAAGCCCGCGUCGUGGGCGCGCGCGCCGGCGCCGCCCGAGUUCGCCGGCCACGUCCAGGCCGCGUGCCUUCUAGAGAUCUGAAGUGUAAAUUCCGUAUAUAUUACUUGUGUAUAAAUCCAUGAUCCAUGUAAAUAUGCGUGCUUUGGCAUGGCUUGAGCUUGUACAGUAACUUUUGCGAGGGAAAAAAAUAUAUAUGGUUAAACGAGU